ACUCACUCAUCUCACCUCAUUUGUUCCCUCUUCACAGGCGGAACAGAGCAGAAGAAGAAGCAGAGAGAGAGAGAUAGAGCUCGAUGUCAUGAGCCUGCGGCAGCGGCAACCACAGGCCGUCCAUGGCCGGGGCCAGGGGCCCGGGUCGGGGUACGGUCCGCACCGCGGCCCCACCGUACUGGACGAAGAGCCGUUCAACAUAAUCCCCAUCCACAACGCUCUAUUCGACCACCCAUCCCUCCGAUACCCGGAGGUCCGAGCUGCGGCCGCCGUCCUGCGAAUGGUCGGAGACCUUCGGCGGCCCCCGUUCGUCCCCUGGCAUGACGGCAUGGACAUCCUCGACUGGCUCGGCGCCUUCUUCGGCUUCCAGCGCGACAACGUCCGUAACCAGCGCGAGCACCUCGUCCUCCUUCUUGCCAACGCCCAGAUGCGAGCCCCGCUCGCCCCCGAACACGCCGGCUCCCUCGACCCCGCCGUCGUCCGCAGCGUCCGACGCAAGCUCCUCUCCAACUACUACUCCUGGUGCGGCUACCUCGGCCGGAAAUCCAACAUCUCAAUCAGUGAGCGUCGGAACGCCGAUCCGCGCCGCGAGCUGCUCUUCACUUCCCUCUACCUCCUUGUAUGGGGCGAGGCCGCCAAUCUCCGCUUCGUUCCCGAGUGCAUCUGCUACAUCUACCACCACAUGGCAUCGGAGCUCCACCGCGUCCUCGAGGGCUUCAUCGAUGACAAUACCGGGCGGCCGAUCCUCCCUUCCGUGUCCGGCGAGAACGCCUUCCUCCUCCGCGUCAUCACUCCCAUCUACCAAACCAUCAAGGCUGAGGUCGACGCCAGCCGCAACGGGACCGCCCCUCAUUCUGCCUGGCGCAACUACGACGACAUCAAUGAGUACUUCUGGAGUCGCCGCUGCUUCAACCGUCUGAAAUGGCCACUCGAUCUCAGCAGCAACUUCUUCGUGACGGGCACCAGCAGCGGCGGCCACAAGAAGGUCGGGAAGACGGGGUUCGUCGAGCAGCGCUCAUUCUGGAAUGUGUUCCGCAACUUCGAUCGCCUGUGGGUAAUGCACAUCCUCUUCCUGCAGGCUGCCAUCAUCGUCGCGUGGCAGGGCACAAAGUACCCAUGGGGGGCUCUGCAGAAUCGGGACGUUCAGGUUCGGGUUCUCAGCAUAUUCAUCACUUGGGGUGGCCUUCGGUUCGUCCAGUCCGUGCUCGACGCUGGGACCCAGUACAGCCUCGUCUCCAGGGAGACGCCGUGGAUUGGUGUGAGGAUGGUGCUGAAGAGUGUUGCAUCCAUGGCGUGGACUGUUGCCUUUGGAGUCCUCUACGGUCGGAUUUGGUCACAGAGGUAUCGGGACAGAAGGUGGUCGUAUCAGGCAAAUUUGAGGGUGUGGAAUUUCCUCGAGGCCAUGCUUGUGUUCCUUUUGCCGGAGCUGCUGGCAAUUAUUCUCUUCAUCCUUCCAUGGAUCCGGAAUUUCCUUGAGAAGGCGAAUUGGAAGAUCUUGUAUGUGGUGAUGUGGUGGUUCCAGGGCCGUACGUUCGUCGGCCGUGGCUUAAGGGAAGGGAUCAUUGACAACUUGAAGUAUUCCCUGUUCUGGGUCAUGGUUCUUGCUUCCAAAUUCUCCUUCAGCUACUUCCUCCAGAUCAAGCCCAUGAUCGGCCCGACAAAGGCCAUCUUGAAUAUUAGGCGCAUCAAUCCCAAGUGGCAUGAGUUCUUCGGCAACACAAACAGGUUUGCCGUCGUGCUAAUCUGGCUGCCGGUUGUCCUGAUCUUCCUCAUGGAUAUGCAGAUCUGGUACUCCAUCUUCUCAUCCAUAGUCGGGGCAUUGAUCGGGCUGUUAUCUCACCUGGGUGAGAUCCGGAAUAUCAACCAGCUGAGGCUGAGGUUCGAGUUCUUCGCGAGCGCGAUGCAGUUCAACCUGAUACCAGAGGAGCACCCGUUCGAGAAGGGGGGGACCCUCAUGAGCAAAUUCAGUGAUGCUGUCAAUCGGCUGAAGCUGCGGUACGGGCUGGGCCGCCCCUACAAGAAGAUUGAAUCGUAUCAGGAGGCAAACAGGUUUGCCCUGGUCUGGAACGAGAUAAUCUUGUCAUUCCGGGAAGAAGAUAUCAUCAGUGACCACGAGCUGGAGCUUAUGGAAUUGCCGCCGAAUUCCUGGAAUAUAAGGGUCAUCCGAUGGCCAUGCAUCCUCCUCUGCAACCAGCUGCUGCUUGCCCUCAACCAGGCGAAGGAGCUGGACGUCUCAGACAAGGUUCUGUGGCAGAAGAUAUGCAAGAACGAGUACCAGCGGUGCGCCGUCGUCGAAGCUUACGACAGCGUGAAGUACUUGCUGCCUGCUAUCAUUAUGGAUGGCACGGAGGAUCAUUCCAUUGUCUUAAACCUGUUUGUCAAGAUCGACAAAAUGCUUCAGUUUGGGGAGUUCACACAGACAUACAGGACAGCAGUGCUCCCAGCCAUCCAUGCCAAGCUGAUAUCCCUCGUUGAUAUCCUCAUCAGCCCGAAUAAAGAGUUGAGCAAGGUGGUGAAUACGCUGCAGACGCUUUACGACAUUUGGUUCCGUGAUCUCCCAAAGGUGAAGCGGCCUAUUGAGGAGUUGAGGCAGGAAGGGCUGGUGCCUCGGCAGGCCAUGGAUGGGCUGCUCUUUGAGAAUGCUGUCAUGUUGCCAAGCACCGAGAACACGGCCUUUUACUGGCAGGUCAGGCGUCUGCAGACUAUUCUAAUGUCAAGGGACUCAAUGAAUAAUAUCCCGGUGAAUCUUGAGGCUCGACGCCGGAUUGCUUUCUUCAGUAAUUCGUUGUUCAUGAACAUGCCUCGUGCUCCUCCGGUUGAAAAGAUGCUCGCUUUCAGCGUUCUUACUCCCUACUAUAGUGAGGACGUGCUGUACAGCAGGGAGCAACUACGGACUGAUAACGAAGAUGGUGUCUCGAUCCUGUUCUAUUUGCAGAAGGUUUUCGAUGAUGAGUGGCAUAAUUUUCUCGAGCGCAUGCGCAGGAAUGGAAUGAAUGACGAUGAAGAUAUCUGGACAGACAGAUUGAGGGACCUUCGUCUUUGGGCGUCGUACAGAGGCCAGACCCUGGCCCGCACGGUCAGGGGAAUGAUGUAUUAUGACAAGGCUCUUAAAAUGCUGGCCUUUCUCGAUACAGCGUCGGAGAUGGACAUCAGCGAAGGGACGAGAAAGCUUGCUGUUAUUGGUUCAACGAUGCGAAGUAGGAGCAAGAGCAAGGUCGAUGGUUUGGGCACCGCUAGGUCUCUGACUUCCAAAGGUGUAAAUAACAUGGUGAGCAGUGGGGUUGAUAUGUUAUUCAAGGGCCAUGAGUACGGUGCUGCUCUGAUGAAAUACACGUAUGUGGUUGCCUGCCAGAUAUAUGGCUCUCAGAAAGCUAAGAAAGAUCCACGUGCGGAGGAGAUCUUGUAUCUGAUGAGAGAGAAUGAAGCCCUUCGGGUGGCCUAUGUCGACGAGGUUCACACUGGGCGAGACGAAGUGGAGUAUUACUCUGUUCUGGUGAAGUUUGAUCAGCGGCUGCAGAAGGAGGUGGAGAUCUAUAGGAUCAGGUUGCCAGGGCCAUUGAAGCUUGGAGAAGGUAAGCCGGAGAACCAGAACCAUGCCAUUAUCUUCACGAGGGGCGAUGCGGUUCAGACCAUUGACAUGAAUCAAGACCACUACUUUGAAGAAUCCCUCAAAAUACGGAAUCUGUUAGAGGAAUUCCCAAGGUACUAUGGCAUCCGAAGGCCUACAAUUUUAGGAGUACGAGAGAAUAUAUUCACCGGUUCGGUCUCAUCGCUGGCAUGGUUCAUGUCGGCUCAGGAGACGAGCUUUGUCACCCUUGGGCAGCGGGUUCUGGCCAACCCUCUGAAGGUGCGGAUGCAUUACGGUCACCCGGACGUGUUCGAUCGGCUGUGGUUUAUGAGCCGUGGUGGCCUCAGCAAGGCUUCCAGGGUCAUCAACAUCAGUGAGGACAUAUUUGCUGGCUUUAAUUGCACAUUGCGUGGAGGCAAUGUGACACACCAUGAAUAUAUCCAGGUUGGCAAGGGACGAGAUGUCGGACUGAAUCAGAUAUCUAUGUUUGAGGCUAAGGUUGCGAGUGGCAACGGAGAGCAGAUGCUGAGCAGGGAUGUGUAUAGGUUAGGCCACAGAUUGGACUUCUUCCGAAUGCUGUCAUUUUACUACACAACUGUAGGGUUCUUUUUCAACACAAUGGCAGUAGUGGUGACCGUCUACGUCUUCGUCUGGGGCCGCCUUUAUAUGGCUCUUAGCGGAAUUGAGGAUGCCAUCAGGGAAACUGCAAAUUCUACCAGCAAUAAGGCCCUUGGUGCAGUCCUCAAUCAGCAGUUUGUCAUCCAGAUGGGUCUGUUCACUGCCCUCCCAAUGAUUGUGGAAAACACUCUUGAGCACGGUUUCCUUCCUGCUGUCUGGGAUUUCUUGACAAUGCAGUUCCAGCUUUCAUCCUGUUUCUACACUUUCUCUAUGGGAACUCGUACGCAUUUCUUCGGGCGGACGAUUCUCCAUGGAGGUGCAAAGUAUCGAGCCACUGGGCGUGGCUUUGUCGUGCAGCACAAGUGCUUCGCUGAGAACUACAGGCUCUAUGCUCGUAGCCAUUUUGUGAAGGCCAUCGAGCUCGGGGUAAUACUGACGGUAUAUGCUUCGUACAGCCCUGUUGCCAAGUCCACUUUUGUUUACAUAAUAAUGACAAUCUCGAGUUGGGUUAUGGUGGCAUCGUGGAUCAUGGCUCCCUUUGUUUUUAAUCCAUCUGGUUUUGAUUGGUUGAAAACUGUAUAUGAUUUCGAUGAUUUUAUGAACUGGAUAUGGUAUCGUGGUGGGGUAUUCACAAAAGCGGAGCAGAGCUGGGAGACAUGGUGGUACGAGGAACAGGAUCAUUUGAGAACAACGGGUCUUUGGGGGAAGUUAUUGGAGAUAAUUCUAGAUCUCCGCUACUUUUUCUUCCAGUAUGGGAUCGUAUACCAGCUUGGCAUCGCCAAUAAAAGCACCAGCAUUGCCGUCUAUUUGCUGUCUUGGAUCUAUGUGGUUGUGGCUGUUGCUAUUUAUCUGGUAAUCAUGCAUGCUCAUGACAAGUAUGCUGCGAAGGAGCACAUUUACUACCGGGCAGUUGAAUUGUUCAUCAUCUGCCUCACGACACUGGUGGUCAUCAUAUUGCUGAGAUUCACCCAGUUCAAAUUUAUUGAUCUGCUCACGAGCUUGAUGGCCUUCAUCCCCACCGGUUGGGGCAUAAUAUGUAUUGCCCAGGUGCUUCGGUCCUUCCUACAACCCACCGUGGUGUGGGAAACUGUGGUUUCUUUAGCUCGCCUGUAUGAUAUACUGUUUGGUGUGUUUGUUAUGGCCCCUGUGGCACUGCUAUCAUGGAUGCCAGGAUUCCAGGCGAUGCAGACAAGGAUCCUCUUCAACCAAGCUUUCAGCCGGGGCCUCCAAAUAUCUCGUAUUCUAACAGGCAAAAGAUCUAAUGGUUGACUUAUGACUCGAGUCAUCUCAAGUCGACAAUGGUCCACAUUCAACAUUCAGUUGUGCCCUCGUGGUGACCAUCUGGAAAAGUCAGGUUGGUCCCCACUCAUCAGGUGGCUACACUUGUAUGAAAAGAAUGGACGGCUUAAGUCGAGUGUGACAAGUGGUGUCUGUGGGCUAUCAAAUCUGUAUUCCAAAGUGGAAUUUCUUGGGACAUAAAAUUGGAAGCAUUCCAGGCACAUGAGAAAAUUGAUUUGGAAUUGACGAUAAGAUCUUUAUGCCUCACUCCUUGUCGUGUGUUCUUCAUUGCAUGGGACAAUUAAACGUAUCGAUUCUGAAAAUGAUAGAGCAGGCAAUUCUUCUGGGAAAAAUUCACUGCCUUGUUGGACGUGCUUGUUCAGCAAUUUCCUUUGGAAGCAGGUUGUUGGCUGAUAUUAGUUAUGUUUCCGUACUCUGUGAGUGGCUUUUGCCUUCUGUUUUCAGUUAAAUGCAAAUCUUACUUAGGUAU